CUCCAAAACAAAGCUACGGAGUAUUUCGUCCCUUUUUUGUUCUUCUUUUUUUAAACUUCAAGAACAUUAUUGCCCUUCACAAGCUACGAAUUGAAAGGACGGGCAGACAUGGGUGGUGGUGCUCAUGCCUUGAAGAGAAUCCCGCGCAUCAAGUUUCCCCAGCGACAUCUUAAGCCUUCUGGUUUUACUUCCCAACAUGAGACAACAUCUGCAUCUAAGGAUGCUCCUCAAACUUUUUUCUCUAGGCCUUCCUCUAACGCGAGUGUCGGAGGAAAAGCUUCUGAUCAACCCAAAAGAACGCCAGUGUCUCAAGAGGAGAUAGAUUAUAUUAUGCUGGGUGGCUGUUCGUGAAUCUGGAUGGGAGAUUUGGAGACAGGACUUAGUACAAUAAACUUUUUCAUACACUAUGUGUAAGGAAGAUUGUGUUGCACCACAUUCCUUGGUUUAAGCAAUGAUCUUCUCUCUAAAAAACAUUAUUGACUGAUUUUUUUCUGUGCUUUAUAGACAUUCUAUCUUGGAGUUAUAGAUGCAUUUGUCUGUCAUUUUGAGCAAAUGGCCUCUAUUUUAUUGAAAAUAGCUCAAUGGUGCAUUAGUUACGGGUCCAUUUGGCCGGAGUAGAAUUUGAAAUAAAUUAUUGAAGUGGCC